UCAUUGCCUGCAUCAUUAUAUACACAUAGUUAGAAACUUGGAAUAUCUAUUACAAGGAUGGAUAUGAAAAUCUCAACCCAAUCAGCCUUGUUUUUUGAAACUAUUUACCUAUGCUGCACGGAAACAGAAACAAGGAAAUGCGAGAACGCAGAAAUGAUACGGAAAAACGGUACUCUAUAGAGAGAAAUAGAUACGCGGAAACGUUCUUAAACGCCAAAACGCCCAUGGCUUCCGUGCAGCAUAGCUAUUUACAGUCUGCAAUUACAUAGCAGAAAAGCUUCAAUCAUAUAUUUCAGAUACCCUGUUUCUAUCCAGCCGCCUGGCCCACCCACUACCCAAUCUGUCACUUAACAUCAGUUAUUACUAUUUGUUUCCUUUGCUUCUUUGUAUGUACAACUUUCUUUCUAACCACACAGAAACAACUUUGCUGCUUGCUAGUCUUUCUUUUACUCUCUGUAACGCGCACGCACACGCACACGCAAAAUCAUAAAUGCAAACAUUUUAUAAUAUAGGUUUUGGAGCGAGUAGUUAUAUAUAGAAUUCUCUAUUUUGCUUCCGUUGAAUCUUUCUAAUCUUGUUUGUAUCACAAUGCCAUCCUGGUGGACAAGAAACUCUCGAAGAGUCACUCAACUAGAAACAAAAAACAUGGACAAGAACAAGAAGGAAAAGUUUAGAGAGAAGCCAAAGAAUUUUGAUGAAUCAAUCUUUUCUACUCACAAUUCUUCAAGGAAUAACAGUCUUGAAUUGAAAGAUUCGUCCAUUUCGAUUAGUAGGCCUUCGGUGUUUUCUGGCUUUGAUUCAGAUAUUGGAAAUGAAAUUGCAAAAAUGAAAGCUUACCCUUUACCUAAACCUUCAUGUUCACCUGAGCCAUCCAUAAUCUUUGACAAGAAAGUAGCCAGUCUUGCCUCUGAUGCAGCUUCGCAUUCAAGCACUAGUUCCUCUUUAUCUUUUUCUUCUUCUAGUUCUUCUAAUGAUCACGAAGGUGUUUAUUCUGCUGUUACUGAUCAUGGAGAUUUUGGUUCUUUCAGGGCAGUUGAAGAAACCAAUCAGAAUUUAUGGUCAAGAAGUUCAUUUAAUGAAUCAAGAACUCCAAAUAUGAAGGCAUCACCUUCUAUGGAGUACUUAUCCGAAAAGCAAGAAAAUUGGAGGCAUCCAUGUCAUCCUUUGCCUCUUCCUCCUGGUUCUCCUGUUAAAUCUUCCUGUAAUCUUCAGUCAACUUGGAAGAAGGGAAAGCUUUUAGGAAGAGGGACUUUUGGCCAUGUUUAUGCUGGAUUCAACAGUGAAAAUGGGCAAAUGUGUGCAAUUAAGGAAGUAAGAGUAAUUUCUGAUGAUCACAACUCAACUGAAUGUCUUAAGCAACUGAACCAGGAGAUUGCAUUGCUUAGUGAACUGUCACAUCCUAACAUUGUUCAAUAUUAUGGAAGCAAAAUGGUAGAUGAUAAACUUUCAGUUUAUUUGGAGUAUGUUUCUGGUGGUUCAAUCCAAAAAUUACUCGAUCAAUACGGUCCAUUUGCGGAACCUGUAAUUCGAAGCUACACGAAGCAGAUCCUUUGUGGACUAGCUUAUUUACAUAAAAGGAAUACAGUACAUAGGGAUAUUAAAGGUGCAAACAUAUUAGUAGAUCCUAAUGGUGAAAUUAAGCUUGUUGAUUUUGGCAUGGCCAAACAUACUUCAGGUUCUUCCAUACUCUCUUUUAGAGGAAGUCCUUACUGGAUGGCACCAGAGGUUAUAACGAACCCCACUAGUAGCUAUAGUCUUGCGGUUGAUAUAUGGAGCUUAGGGUGCACAGUUUUAGAGAUGGCAACAUCGAAACCUCCAUGGAGCCAAUAUGAAGGGGUGGCUGCAAUAUUUACGAUUGCAAAUAGUAAGGAACACCAUGAAAUUCCCAAUUACUUACCAGAAGAUGCUAAGAGUUUUGUAAAGCUUUGCCUGCAAAGAGAUCCGUCUAAACGACCUGCAGCUGCACAAUUGCUCCAUCAUCCCUUCAUCCAGUAUCAAGAUAAGACGAGUUCUUCCAAAUAAGAAAGAGAUCACAUGAUCAAGCAAAAUAUUAUAGCUAAACAUAAGAGUUCCCAAAUAAAAUCAGAAGAAAUCUGAUAAAUUUUGACAUUGAUAAAAUAUUGUGAAUAAUGAAAAAAAUUUGUAUAUGAACGAGUUUAUACAAGAUAUCUGUACAAAGUAAUAGUAAAAUAAAAAAGCAAAGUAAUAGUAAAAUAAAAAAGGUAGAUCACUUAAUGUAA